CCUCUGCUUCUAGCUUUACUAAGACAUUCAAAAUCUUAGCUCUCUCAUACUCUGUCCCCUCUGUUUCUUCAGACUCUAAGAACACAAUGGAUCCAGAACAAGCACCGGGUUUUCGAUUCCAUCCCACUGAUGAAGAACUUUUGAAUCAUUUUCUGAAUCAGAAGAAACUUGGUUACGAUGCCCAAGUUUCAGAUAUUGGGGAGGUUGAAAUCUGCAAAUUCGAGCCUUUGCAAUUACCCGAGCGGGCUGCUACGCAAACAAACGAUUACACAUGGUACUUCUUUUCACGUCCGCAUUACAAGUACAGAAACAGCAAACGCGCAAAUAGGAAAACCAAUGGUGGAUACUGGAAAGUUACGGGGAAGGAACGUAAAAUCAUGGAUGAAAACAACAAAGAGAUUGGUACCAAGAAAACAUUGGUUUUCUACCAAGGAAAUGUGCCUAAUGGAGUGAAGACUAAUUGGGUCAUUCAUGAGUUCCAUUCCAACAUGAACUAUUCUGAUCAGAGGAAUUUUGUUCUGUGUCGUUUGAAGCAACAACCGGAAUAGACUGAUUACUUGUGGCAGGAGGAACCCUCCUAUGGAAGCUAUACAUAUUAUUGUAAUGGUUAUUGAUUACAAUAUGCAUGUAAUUGGUAUUAGUGUGGUUUACAUUUUGUUAUUAAGAGUGUAUGUGUUUGUGUCUAGAGUGAUGUUGUGAGGUUGAUAUAUAGAUGUGCCUUAAGUGUAAUGGUGUGUUAAGAGUUUUUAAUGUUGAAAAUGUAAUCCUUAUUAAGUAAAGAGUUGUUAUUAUUUAUGUACUACUUGCUUGUUAUUUGCAAUCAAUGUUCAAUGUUG